UUGGAGAAGUUUGGGGCUGCCGUGGAGUCCCUCAGCAGGAGCUGGAGUGACCAGAACCCCGAGCUGCUCUACGAGAGAGCGUUUCUCUCCGUCUCUGUGAAACUGCUGAUGUAUGUGGCUGAGAAAGUCCCAGCCCUGGUGCGUCCCAGCCAACUCACACAAGUGAUUAAUGGAAAUUCUCAAGUGAGGAGCUACAUUGAGGCCCGCGGCGGAUGGGAGAACUUGGACACCUGA